AUGACGGAAUUCUGGUUGAUUUCGGCGCCGGGCGAGAAGACGUGUCAGCAGACGUGGGACAAGCUGAUGGUGGCCACCACACGUACCAACAACCUCUCCGCCAAUACGAAGUUCAGCAUCCCUGACCUCAAGGUGGGCACCCUGGAUGUCCUGGUGGGCCUGUCGGACGAGUUGGCCAAGCUGGACACAUUUGUGGAAAGCGUGGUGAAGAAGGUGGCACAGUACAUGGCCGACGUCCUGGAGGACAGUCGCGACAAAGUGCAGGAGAACUUGUUGGCUAACGGACUGGACCUGGUCACUUACAUCACCAGAUUCCAGUGGGACAUGGCCAAGUAUCCCAUCAAGCAGUCGCUGAAGAACAUCUCUGAAAUCGUCUCCAAGCAAGCGACGCAGAUUGACAACGAUUUAAAGGCCCGGGCGUCGGCGUACAACAACCUGAAGGGGAACUUGCAGAACCUGGAACGCAAGAACGCUGGAAGCUUGCUGACCCGAAGCCUGGCCGACAUUGUGAAGAAAGACGACUUCGUGCUUGACUCAGAGUAUUUGGUGACCAUGUUGGUGGUUGUUCCCAAGACGAGCUUCGUCGACUGGCAGAAGACAUACGAAACCUUGGCGGAGAUGGUGGUGCCGCGUUCUACCAAGUUGCUUUUCGAAGACAACGACAGCGGUCUGUUCAGCGUGACGCUUUUCCGGAAGGCGGUGGACGACUUUAAGCACAAGGCCAGGGAAAACAAGUUCACAGUGCGUGACUUCCAGUACAACGAGGAAGAGAUGAAAGCAGACAAAGAGGAGAUGACGCGCUUAUCCACCGACAAGAAGAAACAGUUUGGCCCUCUGGUCCGGUGGCUCAAAGUCAACUUCAGUGAAGCCUUCAUUGCGUGGAUCCACAUAAAAGCGCUACGUGUGUUCGUGGAGUCCGUCCUGAGAUAUGGCCUUCCGGUGAACUUUCAGGCCAUGCUCCUGCAGCCCAACAAGAAGAACAUGAAGAAGCUGAGGGAGGUUCUCUACGAUCUUUACAAACACCUGGACAGCAGCGCCGCCAUCAUCGAUGCGUCGAUGGACAUCCCCGGUCUGAACCUGAGCCAGCAGGAGUACUACCCAUAUGUUUACUACAAGAUCGACUGCAACCUUCUGGACUUCAAAGUCUAA